GUCGACAUUUUAGAGAAAAUUCUUGAGGAUGUCAGCUACUAUUCUCUGUGGCCGGAUAUGAAAGAUGAAGAUUGCCUUGUGCUUGCCAUAAUCUACGACUAUAUUAUGAGAAACUACCAGAAACGGGCGCAGUUGCCCAAUGAUAGAGAGCUGCCUCAACCCUCCUUAACUUAUAUUCUAACGAAUUCCGGACGUGUUAUUCUCUGCCCCUCUGGAACGGAAGUAUUUCUUGCUUAUUUGCGGUUUGCAUUUUUCCAUCAGGCCGUUGAAGAGAGUAUUCAUGGCAUGCGUGUCCAAAUUGCCGCUUCAGUAGCUCGAAUCCGUGUUCGUCAGCAAGUUGGCUCUCUUCGCCUUCUCCUGCCCGAGGAAUGGAGGCAAGCUGAGUUGUACUCCGAGGAAAUGCCUUUCUAUGGUUGGUACAACCAGCUGGUGGGCAAGUGA